ACACAAGCAAACACGUACAUACGUAUCAGUUCUGUUCCGUCAUCGCUGGUAUCAAUAUAUUCUAAAUCAUAGCAGUAGAAAGAACAGGAAAUCUCGUACGAAAAUUUUUCUUCAAAGUUGGAAAUUAUCGCUAUUGAAGUUAAUUCAAGACCAUCUAUAAAGUCAUAUUUCAAAUAUUUUGCAACUAGUCUCAUAACGGAUUUUACUCUUAUAACAAAAGAAAAAAGCUAUCAUAUAUAGUUAUCACAAUGCGCACAACAGCAUUAUUUAUGAUCAUUAUCACCAUCAGUACAUUAAUAAUAUGUUCUAAAGACAUAUUAUUCAUUGAAGAGAUAAACUAUCGAAUAAAUACUUUUCCAAAUGUCUCUGCAGCUUUUAUAACAUAUCUAGAGUUCAAACUUAUACCUAAUGAAAGAUUUCCGAAACCAACAAGCGAAGCAGAUUUAUUUACAUUAUUAUCUUUACUUCUUCAAGACGUCCAUCAAGACGACGAAGCUUUCAUAAUAGCAAAAAUGAAUAUGUAUCUGGCUUCUCUUUUAGAAAUUGUAUAUAAAGUAGCUCCUAAUUACAAAUAUAAAACUCUAAUUCAAUUGUUAAAAAAAAGAAGUGAUAUUAAAAACGACUUGCAUAUAGCAAAUGCAAUAUAUGUCUCAAAUAAGAUUAAAUUAUCAUCUCAAUUUUUAUCAAUGUUCAACAAUAUCUUUAAAAUUCCGAUUUCAAACAUUAAUUUUAAAAAUAACAUUCAUGUUGCAAAAACGUUCAGUUUAUGGGCUCAAAAGGCAACAAACAAUAAAAUACUAGACGUAAUUCUUCCACGUAAAGUCGAAGAAGAUACAACAUUUGUUUUGGUAACUGGUGUUUAUUUCAAUAAUAGAUUGCUAGAUGCAUUCGAUGUAGAGAAACGCAGAUUUGACGUUUCUCAAACAGAAUCAUACUACGUUCCAAUGAUUAAAUUUAAGAAAUCGCUAUAUAAUUGUGCUUAUAUACAAAAUUGGCAUACGAUAUUUAUUGAAAUUCCAUUGGAUAAGAACAUUACAAUGAUAAUAUUUUUGCCAACUAGAAAAAUAAAUUUGGAGGACUUGGAAAGAAUGUUUAAUUUUUUUAUAUUUGAAGAGUAUAAAAAAAAUCUCAAAGAGUUUGAGAGAUAUACUUCCUUCUUGGAAUUAUAUUUACCUAAGUUUAAGUUUGAAAUUACUCACAGUUUACAACAUGCCCUACGUAAAAGGAAUCUGAAUAAAACAAUAAAAAUUACACAAUCGAGUUAUCUAAAUGUGAAGGAAAUCAUUCAAAAGGUUUCUAUAGAAUUUAACCAAAACCGUUCCGUCAUUACAACAGCUACCAGAAGAAAAUCAAAAAGGAUGGCAUCUAACUCAACGGCGAAAUUCGUCAUAGAUCGUCCAUUCAUGUUUGCUAUCGAAAUAAAUGGAAUAGUAUUAUAUGCAGGAAGCGUGCGAAAACCAAAUAUUUUUUAAGAAAGAGAAAGAGAUGAGU